GUGGAGUUUUGAAUAUUCUUUUUUCCCCAUUUUAACACAUGAGGAUACUAUUAGUCUACUACCCGGGCAAAAUGCCUGCCACCAGGAAUCGCAUUCUCGUCUUCUGCUUCUUCAUACUGUUCUUCACGGCGGCGGCGGCGGCGGCGGCGGCUGGGGCGUUAGUAGACCAGAAUGAAUGCCGGGAGACGAGGUGCGGGCGGCACGGCCCAGCCGUGAAGUUCCCGUUCCGGAUCAAAGAGAGGCAGCCGGCGGCCUGCGGAUACCCUGGUUUCGAUCUGAUCUGCGCCUCCAAAACCCUGCUGCUGCAGUUGCCCAACUCCGUCAAUCUCUCCGUCAGAGCCAUCGAUUACGCCUCUCAGUCUAUUACUGUAGCUCCUUGGGGCUGCCCUGCGACGAUGUUUAGGAAAUUAAAUGUGUCCUCUUCUCCUUUCCAAUUUGUGGACGGGAAGGAUGAGUAUACAUUACUCAAUUGCACAGUGCGAACAGAAGAGCCGCCAUGGCCGCUACUGAUUCCUUUUCUGAGCGAUCCCGGGGGCGGCUACCAAGUAUUUGCCUUAUACAGUCUGACUAGUGUUCGUGGUUUUUAUGAUUUUUUACAGUCAUGUACCAAGAUGUAUGACAUCACAGUUCCAGAAAGUGCUCUUACAAACCCCUUUAAAAUGAACUGGUCCGGGCCUGUAUGUAGAUUUUGCGAAGAGGAAGGUAAAUAUUGCAAGCUGGUGCAGCAAAAAACCAACCAAACUGAAUGUUAUGAUCUGCCAACUCAAGGCUCUAUUAAAAAGAAAGUAAUUGCAGGUGCAGUCUUAGGUUCGGUCUUUCUUAUAGCAGCACUUGUUGUUGUCUGUUAUAAGUAUACGCUUGUAAGAGCAGAGAGAAAGUAUCAAAUCAAGGUCAAGAAGUUUCUAGAUGAUUACAAAGCUUUGAAGCCCACAAGAUUCUUGUUUGCUGAUCUCGAGAGGAUGACGAAUCAAUUUCGGUUCGAACUCGGAAAUGGAGGAUAUGGAACUGUUUUCAAAGGGAAGCUAUCAGAUGAUGUCAUAGUGGCUGUUAAGGUCCUCAAUGAUUCCAAAGCAAAAGGGGAGGAAUUUAUUAAUGAAGUUGGAACAUUGGCAAAAAUCCACCACGCCAAUAUUGUUCGCUUGAUCGGUUUCUGUGCGGAGGGGUUUAAACGGGCUAUAGUGUACGAGUACUUGUCAAAUGAUUCGCUGCAGAGGUUCAUUUCCUCAGCAGACUCGAAGAAUCACAUUUUGGGUUGGAAAUCUUUAGAACGCAUUGCAAUUGGCAUAGCCAAAGGUAUUGAGUAUCUUCAUCGGGGUUGCGAUGAAAGAAUAUUGCAUUUUGACAUCAAGCCCCAUAAUGUACUUCUUGACCACAAUCUCAAUCCCAAAAUCACUGAUUUUGGCCUCGCCAAGCUUUGUUCCACGGAUCAAAGCUUGGUGUCUAUGACCACGGCGAGAGGCACCAUAGGUUAUAUGGCACCCGAAGUGUUCUCAAGAAACUUCGGGAAAGUUUCAUACAAAUCGGACGUUUAUAGUUUCGGGAUGUUGUUACUAGAAAUGGUGAGUGGAAGGAAAAUUGUUGACACUGAAUCCAACAUAGAGGAUCAAGUAAAUUUCCCAGAGUGGAUUUAUAAUGUCCUUGACCAAGGGGAAGAUCUAAGGUUUGACAUUGAAGAAGAGAUCGAUGUAAAAGUUGGAAAGAAGCUAGCUAUCGUUGGGUUGUCGUGCAUCCAAUGGAAUCCCGUUCACCGGCCAUCAAUGGGAAUUGCCCUUCAAAUGUUGGAAGGGGAAGGAGAUGAUUUGAGCGCACCUCUGAAUCCAUUCAUAGCUAAAGCGCCUUCCACAAGAAACACGAGUGCAAUAGCUAAUCACAUUCGUCAACGGUUGGAAGCUAUAGAGGAAGUUGAGUGAUCAAGGGUGCACAUAUGUAUGCUCAUACAAUUAUAAAUAUUAUUACAUCUUUUAUUUUAAAUAAUACAAACAAUAAAAGAGAGAGCUUUUA